AUGAUGGCGGCGGCGGCGGCGGCAGGGAGCGCCAGCGGCGGGGGCAGCAGCGGCGGCGGCGGCGGCGGCGGCGGCAGCAGCAGCAGCGACACGUCCAGCACCGGCGAGGAGGAGCGGAUGCGGCGCCUCUUCCAGACGUGCGACGGCGACGGGGACGGAUACAUUAGCAGAAAUGACUUGCUGAUGGUCUGUCGCCAACUGAAUAUGGAGGAGUCUGUGGCUGAGAUCAUGAACCAGCUGGGUGCAGAUGAACAUGGGAAGAUUUCCUUUCAGGAUUUUACCAGGUGCCGCAUGCAGCUUGUCCGAGAAAUCAGGAAGGAGGAAGUAGGUCUUUCUGAGAAGUCAGACAACUCCUGUCAAAAGAAGAAGCUGCGGGAUAGAAUUGCGUCCUGGCCCACGAGCAGCGACAACAGUUUGGGUGCCCUAUCAGCAGCCAGGGAGAGCUGGGAGUACGACUCGGGAGCCAGGGACCUCCAGAGCCCGGACUUGCAGAGUCAUUGGGCCCUGCAGAAGCUUCUCGAGCACAGUGGACGCUCUUUGAGCCAGCAGGCUGCGGCCCUCCACACGCUGCGCACACAGUCCCGGCAUUUUGGCAGCUCUGGAGGAGGAAGCUAUCUGGAGCUGGCCAACACGCUCCACUUGGCAGCCCUGGCAUCACUCAAGGGAGAUAUAGUGGAACUUAAUAAACGUCUACAGCAAACGGAGCGGGAACGAGACCUUCUGGAAAAGAAAUUAGCCAAGGCACAGUGUGAGCAGUCCCACCUCAUGAGAGAACAUGAGGACGUCCAGGAGCGGACGACGCUUCGGUACGAGGAGCGCAUCACGGAACUCCACAGCAUCAUUGCUGAGCUCAAUAAGAAGAUAGACCGUUUGCAAGGCACCACCAUCAGGGAGGAAGAUGAGUACUCGGAACUGCGAUCAGAACUCAGCCAGAGUCAACAUGAGGUCAAUGAAGACUCUCGAAGCAUGGACCAAGACCAGACCUCUGUCUCCAUCCCCGAAAACCAAUCCACCAUGGUCACUGCUGACAUGGAUAAUUGCAGUGACCUGAACUCCGAGCUGCAGAGGGUGCUGACGGGGUUGGAGAAUGUCGUCUGCUGCAGGAAGAAGAGCAGCUGCAGCCUCUCCGUGGCCGAGGUGGACAGGCACAUCGAGCAGCUCACCACGGCCAGUGAGCACUGUGACUUGGCCAUCAAGACAGUCGAGGAGAUUGAAGGGGUACUUGGCCGGGACCUGUAUCCCAACCUGGCUGAAGAGCGGUCUCGUUGGGAGAAGGAGCUGGCCGGGCUGAGGGAGGAGAAUGAGAGCCUGACCGCCAUGCUGUGCAGCAAAGAGGAGGAGCUGAACAGGACCAAGGCCGCCAUGAACGCCAUCCGGGAGGAGCGGGACCGGCUCCGAAGGCGGGUUCGAGAGCUUCAAACACGACUACAGAGCGUGCAGGCCACGGGGCCCUCCAGCCCUGGCCGCCUCACUUCAGCCAACCGCCCAGUCAACCCCAGCACUGGGGAGCUGAGCACGAGCAGCAGCAGCAAUGACAUUCCCAUUGCCAAGAUUGCUGAGAGGGUGAAGCUCUCGAAGACCAGGUCCGAGUCUUCGUCAUCAGAUCGGCCGGUCUUGGGAUCAGAAAUCAGUAGCAUAGGGGUAUCCAGCAGCGUGGCGGAACACCUGGCCCACUCUCUUCAGGACUGCUCCAACAUCCAGGAGAUCUUCCAGACGCUCUACUCACACGGAUCUGCCAUCUCGGAAAGCAAAAUUCGAGAGUUUGAGGUGGAAACGGAACGGUUGAAUAGCCGCAUCGAACACCUCAAAUCCCAAAAUGACCUCCUAACCAUAACCCUGGAAGAAUGCAAAAGCAACGCGGAGAGGAUGAGCAUGCUGGUGGGAAAGUACGAAUCCAACGCCACCGCGCUGAGGCUGGCCCUGCAGUACAGUGAGCAGUGCAUCGAAGCCUACGAACUCCUCCUGGCACUGGCGGAGAGCGAGCAGAGCCUCAUCCUGGGGCAGUUCCGGGCGGCCGGCGUGGGGUCCUCCCCUGGAGACCAGUCAGGGGAUGAGAACAUCACUCAGAUGCUCAAGCGUGCUCACGACUGCCGGAAGACAGCUGAGAAUGCGGCCAAGGCCCUGCUCAUGAAGCUGGACGGCAGCUGCGGGGGCGCAUUUGCCGUGGCCGGCUGCAGUGUGCAACCCUGGGAGAGCCUCUCCUCCAACAGCCACACCAGCACAACUAGCUCCACGGCCAGUAGCUGCGACACGGAGUUCACUAAGGAAGACGAGCAGAGGCUGAAGGACUACAUCCAGCAGCUCCGGAAUGACAGAGCCGCGGUCAAGCUGACCAUGCUGGAGCUGGAGAGCAUCCACAUUGACCCCCUCAGCUACGACGUGAAGCCCCGGGGGGACAGCCAGCGGCUGGAUCUGGAGAACGCGGUGCUGAUGCAGGAGCUGAUGGCCAUGAAGGAGGAGAUGGCCGAGCUGAAGGCCCAGCUCUACCUCCUGGAGAAGGAGAAGAAGGCCCUGGAGCUGAAGCUGAGCACGCGGGAGGCCCAGGAGCAGGCUUACCUGGUGCACAUCGAGCACCUGAAGUCGGAAGUAGAGGAACAGAAGGAGCAGCGCAUGCGCUCCCUGAGCUCCACCAGCAGCGGCGGCAAGGAGAAGCCUGGCAAGGACUGUGCGGAUGCCACCUCCCCAGCUCUGUCACUGACUGAACUGAGGACAACGUGCAGCGACAGCGAGCUGGCUGCCGAGUUCGCCAACGCCAUCCGUAGAGAAAAGAAGUUAAAGGCCAGAGUUCAAGAGCUGGUGAGCGCCUUGGAAAGACUCACCAAGAGCAGUGAAAUCCGACACCAGCAAUCAGCAGAGUUCGUGAAUGACCUGAAGCGGGCCAACAGCAACCUGGUGGCUGCCUAUGAAAAAGCCAAGAAGAAACAUCAGAACAAACUGAAGAAGUUGGAGUCUCAGAUGAUGGCCAUGGUGGAGAGACAUGAGACCCAAGUGAGGAUGCUCAAGCAAAGAAUAGCUCUGCUGGAGGAGGAGAAUUCAAGGCCGCACACCAACGAGACUUCGCUUUAAUCGGCACCUGGGCUCCAAAGCUCUGUGGAAGCUCAACUCGAGCAGCUCACCGGGGAGAGAAGGGCCCCGGGAGACAGAGCACCUGGUGGGAGAGGGACGGAAGGGAAGGCUGGCAGGUGGGUGAGCGCCUGCACGAUGGAGUACCAUGGACUCUGCUCCGGGGACGAAUGGCCUGGUGACACCGUGCAGACUCUAGCCGGAGGAUCCCGCUCCUCCCUUUCUGGGCCCAGGGACAGCGUGUAUAUAGCUGCUGUGCGCCAUGCGCAGUAGGCCUUGCUUCUGCUUCCAGCCCGGGCACUCUCCCUCCCACCUGUUCGCUUUCUGGAGGUUGUGCCUCGGUGGUACCCUGGGCAUUCAAUUGUUUUGGAUCGUCCGUUCUUUUCUUCUCUUUCUGGUAGUGACCGGCCCUCUGUCAUCCCCAGUUUCUCCUUUCUUUCUACUUCAGGGAUAAACACUGACACAUGUGGGAGUGCGGAGGGGAUAUCUUCAGCCUCUCGAACUGCUGAUUUGCUUACUGCACCGGGCUUUGGUUUUCGAGACCCACGUACCAGCUCUGAGACACAGGCUGUCACUCAGAGGUGCUCGGAGAGGUAGAUUACAGGGGAGGGUACACAGGCUUAGGGUCCCAGGUACAUCUGAAGUUAUAGGUAGAGCAAGCCCUACCUGAACAAUUCUGUUUGGGGGAAUGAGCACUUCUUUUACCUCUCACUGUGGAGGUAGGGCUGCGAAGGGCACUUCCUUCUGAAUGUGGGAUUUUCCCUCCCAGUGGAGUCUUAUUAAAGCCAAGACUUAGAGCUGAGACGGUCCUGUUGAGACAUAGAGGGGAACUAAACUUUUAUCAGGAGCUGCUUCAAGAGCAGAGGAGCACAGUUAGUACUUCUGCUCCCCACCCCUCGAGGGCACCCCAUAACUGCUAUUCCACAUCCAUCAAAAUUCAUCCACCUGAUAUGUACGGAGUUCUGGACCUGCCUCUGCUCUUCUCCAAGGGCAAGAGGCAGGACACCGAGCAGAAUGUUUGGCGGCCUAUCCCACCCC